AGCCAUAAAAGUUGUUGCUGUUCGGCCAUUGCUGUUCGUAUUGGAGCAGCUGACCAGUUCAAAUCCAAUUUAGCAUUUCAGCUUUUAGCGUGAUGUUUUAAUACCUGGUUCUGUGUUAAAAUAAUCCUGACUUGGUUUAGGGGGAAUAAGACAGUCGGAUGUAUCGAUGAGCCUAAACACAGAAGUCAUUACUGUUCUUUAGUGGCGUUUCGUAAACAUGGACAAAAUCGCUCACGAUGUUGGUGACAUACAAUCAAGGUUACUGGACCAUAGACCAGUCCUACAAGGAGAGAUCAGGUACUUUGUAAGAGAAUUUGAGGACAAGCGGGCCUUUAGGGAGUGCCGUCUACUAGAAAACAUAAACAAGUUGGUGACUGAAACUGAAGAACAAGUUCUGCCCAGAUGCACCAAGAACAUGGGAACAGAUUUAGCUAACGCUCUUAGUUGCUUGGAAGCUGUCAAUCACAUGGCGCAGAGAAUCCAGCAGAGGGAGGUAGAAACUCAGCAGAGCAUACUACUUCAGGAGGGCAUGGAGAAGCGCAAAAAUGACUGGGAGGACUUCCUGAAGGAGCAGGCAAAGCUAAAGGAGGAGGUGGAUGAUGAGCAUGUUAAAGCUGUGAGCAGACUCACUACCCAGUAUAGCGAGAUGAAGAAAGACCUUGCCAAGUUUUCUCACUUCUAAUAUCCUCCAUGGAUGUUCCUGUUUUGGACAUUUUUUUAAUAUUAUUAUUUUUUUCUAUUUUUUUUAGUUGGUCAGUCACAAGAUUGUGUUUUUUUGCAGACAUGUACCACCUUUCAGCAAGAUGUAAUUAAACUUAAAUUAACUUAAUUAAAUUUGACAUCAAUUUGCUGAGCAAGGUACUGAGAAGGCCUAAGGAAGCCUGUCAUUUGUUUCUCAGAGUAUCAUCAUGCUUGAUUUAUUUAUUGUUUACAAAUCGAAUGUUAGGACAGAUUUAAGAGAAACUGUCAUUUGGUUUACAUAAAAACAGUAUUAAUCAAAAUAUGAAAAAAAGGUUGAA